UAGCUAUACGGUGGAGUGAGUGAGCUGUGUACACUGUUACUUGCCACGUAGUAAAACAUCAUAAGAUAGUGAUGGAGAGGAAGUUCGUUUCGGUUAUUGUUCUGGGGAUCUGUCUGGUGCUGGGAAUGUCCCAGUAUGUUGAAGCAAGGAACUUGGAGGAAAAAUCAAAGGAAGAGGUGAAGAAACCAGAGUCAUGCAUAGAUGGAGGGUCCGGUGGUGGUUUGGGUGGAGGAAGUGGUGGUUUAGGAGGAGGGUACGGAGGUGGUAGUGGUUUAGGUGGUGGAUUUGGAGGAGACGGUGGAGGUGGUAGUGGUCUAGGUGUUGGAAUUGGUGGACUUGGAGGUGGUGGACUUGGAGGAGUUGGAGGUGGUGCCGGUGCCGGUGCCGGUGCUGGUAUAGUUGGUGGAAUUGGUGGAGGCAUUUACAAGGGAAUUGGAAUUGGAGGUGUUGGAGGUGGUGUAGGUGCCAUAGGUGGAAUCGGCGGUGUCAUUGGUGGUUUCGAACAUGUUGAUGACAAUAAGCCUUGAAACAUCAGAAGGAGUUACUUACCUUAAAAUAAUUGCAGACUCGUGACGAUAUAGUUCUAUCAUUAGUGUUUCAUUUUCACUUGCUAUUUUAUUUUGUUUUCAUUUUGUAUCCACAAAUAAGUUCACGUACGUAUGCAUGCAUGCUAAAUUUUCCGUUCAUGUUAUGUAAAAGAUUCCAAGAAUAUAUACUUGUCGUACAACAUUGCAUGUCUUAUAUAUAUAUAUAUAUAUAUAUGUCUUUGCAUUA